GAGGUCUCGAAGCCCAAGGACAAGAUUGCGGCCGAGAUCCGAUCUACACCGGAGACGGCGCAGUACGACCUGGCCGGGUACGAGGACCCCCAGGUGAAGACCCUGGUCAAAGAGGCCUUCGGCACGCCCCUGCAGACGAAAGGAAGCAUGAUCCGGGUCACCUUCGUGGUUGGUGGAGGCAAGGCAGUUCGUGCAAAGUACAGCGAAAGCCUUGCACGAGCUCUUGGCCUUGCAUUGCAGGAUCUGGGCUUCUCGCAGGACUCAGCUGCAUCUUGCGACCUGAUGAGCGCUGGCACCUUCAAAGGGCAGCAUGACACACAGCGGAACCUGAAGCUGGUGCAUGUCUACCCGAAGGUUGAGACAGGCGGUGCAGCAAAUGCAGCGAGCGGCAGGGCUGAGACACUACUGGAGGCAUCUGCCCGCGUGGUGGCAGCCCCGUUCGACGCAUUUACCAAGGAGGUCACCACGUGGCUGCGAUCUUCAGACUCUGGCCGUCUGGAGGCACUCCAGAGCUUUCUGGCUGAGGCUGCUGAAGAGCUGGAGGCCACGGAGAAGGCUUAUCGACUGGGACAGCAGGUGUCGGAGGCCCGCAGCAGACGCUACGACGAACUGGGGGGCUUUGAACACGUGGCCGAGUGCAGAGACUGGCUGCAACGGGCUGGGGAGACUGCGGGCCCUUCUUCGCACGCUGUAGCAGGCGCUUCCGAUGGAGCUACUCUGAGCUUGGAGUCACCGGCUUUGCUGCAGCUGCAGGAGGCUGCCGUUCCAGAAGCACCCGGCGCUGCCGGCGCAGGCGACCUUGCCGACGACGACGAUGCGUGGCUACAAAGCCGGCUGCAAAAAACGAGGCACGAAAGCGCCAAACUGCAAGCAGAGCUUUCUGCGGAGAAGCCCUUGCAGAAGACCCGCGAAUCGCUCCCGGCCCACGGCCAGCGGGAAGCGAUUCAAAAGGCUGUUGGCGAAUCGCAGGUGGUCGUGAUCGAGGGCGACACCGGCUGCGGGAAGUCGACGCAAGUCCCCCAGUACAUCUUCGAAGACUGGCUCAAGAAGGGCCAAGCGGGCGCUGCCAGCAUCAUCAUGACCCAGCCGCGUCGGAUCAGCGCGAUCGGCGUGGCGGAUCGCAUCGCCAGCGAGAUGAACACAGGCUUGGGUGAUCUGGUCGGCUACUCGAUCCGCCUUGAGGCUAAGCGCUCGGCACGGACCAAGAUCUUGGUCUGCACCACAGGAGUCCUGCUCCGACGCCUGGAGAAUGACGAGCUCCUUCGGAAUGUGACCCACGUCAUCGUGGACGAGUGUCACGAGCGCGACUUGGACACAGACUUUCUCCUGAUCGUGCUUCGCGAUCUUCUCCCAAAACGGCCGAAUCUCAGGAUCGUUCUGAUGUCUGCCACGAUCAAUGCGCAGAUCUUCAAGGACUACUUUCCGGGCUCACAGUCCAUCAGCAUCCCAGGAAGGACUUUUCCGGUGACCUCCUACUACCUGGAGCAUGCUUUGCUGCACACCAACUUCGUGAUUGAGCCAGGCUCCGAGUUCUGCCGCAAGGACGUUGAGCCUCAAAUGGACUACCACGAAGAGGAGGAGCUGAGGCAAGCAUACGAGAAGCCGGAGAAUGCCGACCUUGUUGGAACAAAGCUUCCUCGGCACGUGCUACAGCAGCUCCACCGAGUCGAUCCAGAGAAAAUCAACUUCGAGCUCGUGGCUCAGGUUGUGCGCCACAUCCACACCCAGGUGGAUCCUUGCAAAGAAGGAAAAUCGCCAGGGGCGAUCCUGGUGUUCGUGCCCGGGCUCAGCGAAAUCAAGAAAGCGAUGCGAUGUCUGGAGGAGGAGAUGUCUGGCAGCAAAGGCAAAGCGAAGGGCAAAGAUUCCUUCGAGAAAGGCGACCGGGGGAAGGGCAAAGCUACCGGACCAUCUGUCACCAGAGAAGGCCUUUGGCUUCUACCUCUGCACUCCAUGAUCUCCGUCGCGGACCAGCGUUUGGUUUUCAAGCGCCCGCCCAGCGGAGCUCGCAAGGUGGUCCUCACAACGAACAUUGCAGAAACAUCCAUUACCAUCGAUGACGUGGAGUACGUCGUCGAUUGUGGCCGGCACAAGCAAACCAAGUACGACCCCCAGAAUCGCAUCUCGAUGCUCGUCGACUGCGUGGAGACGAAGGCAAAUGCGAAGCAGCGACGCGGCCGCGCAGGCCGUGUGAAGCCUGGAGUGUGCUACCACAUGCUGAACGUCCGAAAAUGGCGGCGCCUGGAGGACUUCGAACGACCGGAGAUGCUAAGGGUACCUCUGGACUCGCUUUGCCUCCGGGUGUCUCUAAUGGGCCUCGGCCACCCAGCAAAGUUCCUGGCAAAGGCCAUCACGCCGCCCACGGAUGCAGCAGUGCUGUCGUCGCUGCAGCAACUCGUCGAGCUCAGCGCUGUGGAAUUGCGCGAGAAAGUCGCCGGCUCUGCGGCUGAGGAGAUCGGCAGCCGCGGCUGGGACAAGGACGAUCAGCAGCGCCUUUUGAAAGCCAAGCUGCGCCUGACUCCCUUGGGCAACCACCUCGCCCAGCUUCCUGUGGAUGCGGGCUGCGCCAAGCUUCUUGUGCUGGGUUGCAUCUUCGGGGUCCCUGGAGACGUCUGCACUCUGGCGGCAGCGCUGUCCGUGAAGUCGCCUUUUGCAGUUACCGCUGCAGGCAAAGGCAGCAGCAAAGGCGCCCAGGAACAGCGCAAGAUGGAACUCGCCGGCGAUUUGGAGAGCGACCAGCUUGUUCUGGUGAAGCUCUUCGAGCAUUGGGAGCGCCUCGGGAAGCGAACGCCGGCGGCAAGGGGCUGGUGCCGGGAGAACGGAUUGGACCUGCAGGCAUUCGAAUCUGUUUCCGACAUGCGGCGGCACCUCAUGGGUAUUCUGGUUGAGCAAGGUUUCAGCAGCCCGGAGACGUCUGACGACGCGCCGAAGAGGCGGAUGCCUGCCUGCCUUUCCAGCAUUCUGGCAGCCAAAGAGGAGUUCAAUCGCCGUCGAUUCCAGCUUCUUCGUUCGCUGCUUUGCGCCGCGCUGUGGCCCAAUGCGCUUCUUGCGAAAGACAAUGGCACACUCUUCGCACGCAAUGCGACAUCACUUGGCUUCCACAGCUCCAGCGUCCUUGCUCUGCAAGCAGACCAGGCUGCGCAGGAAGCCUCUGGCGAUUGGACUUGCCCUCAGUGCGGGUUCUACAACUUCGCCAGCCGAGAGGAGUGCAAAAGUUGCUGGGCACCACGCCCCUCAUCGCCGCCCCGACGCAGGGUGAGACCUCUUCGGCAUCGAGCCUUCAUGUUUGGUGAGAAGGUUCGGUCUUUGGCCACUGGCCAGGGUCAGAAGUCGCAGACCUUAUGCCGCGAUUGUUGCGGAGUGUCGCUGAAAUCUCUGUUCCUGCUCGGUCAUCGCAUCCAAGUGGACUUCCUGAAAGGACAGGCCAGCGUGGAUGGUUGGAUACAUUGCCAGGCCGCCGCCCAGGACGCCUCGAUGUUGCUGGGAAUGCGCCGGCGCCUGCAGGACGUCCUGUCUCGGCAGCUGGCGCGGAAAUCCGCAGAGGCUUUGACCUCCGACGAUGCAGAGGUCGUGAACGUCAUCUCCCAGAUGCUGGUCAUGGACGUCGAGUAA